AAAGCUUUAUUUGCUUUCGUUCUGGGCGCUCGGGGAGCAUGCGCGAUGAUUCAAAAUCACGCAGGAUUGAAUACGUGCCAGACCCUUAAAGCGCCGUAACACAAGGAAUGGCUGAAGAAAGAAGCAACGAUUAAACGCCUCCUGUGUUCAGCUUCACGGACGAAGCAACCCCGAGUGCAAGACGUGAUGAUACCCAGAACGUUUCAUCUACUCUGCGUGCCUACACAACCACUUCUGACGACGCCUGGCCUCACCAGUGGAUCACGCAACACAGCCCAAUAACGGAUGGGGCUUAAAACGUCGACAGCGUCACUGACAAUGGUGGCACAAGGCCCAGCACAAGCCGCCCAGGCAUGGUCCAAGCGUCACCCAGUAUAGAAGGUGGCACCACGAAUGCUACUGGAACCAGAGGAAGGGAACCGCCAGAGUCCUGCGUUGUCCGAGCACGUGAUCAAUAGUCGGUCAAGAAAUCGAACCACAAAUGAGAAACAUGCGUUACAGGUCAUCGAAAGAGCAGCCAUGGCUGAAGACAGCAGCAACGAAUGCACGCCUCUUGACUUAAGCAUGAAGGACAAAACAACACCAAGUACAAGCCGUGACGGUACCCAGGAGGCUUCAUCUACUUUGGGCGCAUACACAACUACCAGAGGAACACGCAGCGCAUGCCGAUGACCGACGAGACUUGCAACGUCGACGAUGCCGACACAGAUACUGACAAUGGCACCACAAGUUGCCUGCCCCUGGGGCCCACCAGGAACAUCGAUAACGUAAAGCCCAGCAGAAGCCGCGCUGGCAUGGAGGAAGCAUCAGCCAGUUUUGAAGACGGAGCCACAUGGGUUUUACGAUUUCAUUCGAGUUGCCCAAGUGCCUGCCGUUUUACUGGCUCUCUCAUCCUUGGCACAGACUGCGCAUGCGCGAUCAUUCAGCAAAGUUCUGUCUCAGAAAGACGCUAGUGCUCCGGAGCGUCGUCGCCAGCCAUGACUGAACAAAGAAGCAGUGGGCAAACGCCUCCCGCGUUUGCUUUCAUCGAAGAAGCAACCCCGGGUACAAGCCGUGAAGGCGGCAAGGGAGCCUCAGGCACUUGCGACGAUAUCCCUGCGUAUAUUGACGAGUACAUCAAUGACGCGUUGAAGGCAUUGAAGCGCCAGACCAAUGCCACUGACGUCAAUGAUGCCACUGACAGCGGAAGCACCAACUACGCACCUGUUGUGUCCACCGCUAGUGCCGUUCACGCCUGGCCCAGAACGAGCCACGCUGGCAUCGAGAAACUAUCGUCUACUACGAAAGACACCGCGAGCUGUUCCGACGACGCCUGGCGUUGCCAGCUGAACGCCCACCACAGGCCGAUAGCCGACCAGUCGUACAGCCUCGACGGUGCCUAUUCCAGCGGUAGCCCUAGUCUCCUGCACCUGGGGCCCACAAGCAGCUUCGAUCACAAAAAGCUCAGCACAAGCCGCGCUGUAAUGGUGGAGGCAUCAGCAAGUUUACAAUACGGAGCCAGAAAUCCUCAGACCACGCGGGUUCACCAAAGCAGCACGCAGUACCAUACGACUGCACGCACAUCCACCAUCCAGGCUCCGAUUUCAGGGUAUGCACACAACAGAGAAACCGGAAGCACCAGUUUCACACAUCCAGUCUACAGCAGCAGCGGGGGUGGCCAGUAUGCAGUGGCCAGUACAGGCUAUGCGGGCACGGAGGAAGCAUCGGGCAUUCUGGGAAAUGAUGCUAGAAUUCCUGACGUCACCGGCGCUGAGCCAUGGAGUAAGCAGUACUACGCGGCUUGUGGCCCAACUACAGUCUCCGGCCAUACGCAUGUCUCUGAAAGAGGAAUGACCAGUUCCCUACAUAUGGUGUCCAGCAGCAGCGUCAAUCACGCACAGCCCAGUGCAAGCCGCGCUGGAAUUGAGGAGGCAUCGGCCGUUCCGGAAAACUUCGCUAGAAUUCCUGACGCCACCGGCGCUGAGCCAUGGAGUACGCACUACUACGCGGCUAGUGGCACAACAACAGUCUACGAUGUCUCGUGCAGCCGUAGCACUACUUGCUUGCACCUGGAGUCCACCAGCAGCAUCGAUCACACACUGCCCAGCACAAGCUGCGCUGGCAUGGAAGCAUCAUAUAAUGCCUACGAGCAACAUUCCUGUGUGCCUGAAGCAUUCCGGAUGGAAACUUUUCCACAAAGGGACUUGCCCUCCUGA